AUGGAUACAGAUGAGACAGCGCAUUUGAGGCAAACAUUUUCAAAUUCUGUUACAUUAUUUAACUCAAAAGCACUCAUCACAAGACAUUCAAAGAUUCAGACCGGAAAAAUAAAAAAAGUAAGAGGGAAGAGUGUGCCAGCGUACCUGUUGCAUAUUCUGAGGAGUUACCUGAGUAAUAGGUCACUCUUGUACGGCGACGCGGAGCGGCGGGAGGUAACCAGUGGAGUUCCUCAAGGGUCGGUGCUCGGCCCACUAUUGUGGAAUAUAAUGUAUGACGAGCUAUUGCGAUUGGAAACGCCGGGAAAUAUAAAAGGCAUAUCAAGUUCAACGCUCAUUGCAUUCGCCGAUGAUGUUGCAGUUGUAGCGACUGGACAUACAACUACUCUGCUAGAAGAGGCCAUGAACCAAACGCUGGACUUGGUGUCAAAAUGGAUGAAGGAUACGGGCCUUACGCUCUCCGUCGGCAAAACGGAAGCAAUCAUGUUAACUACCAAACGCGGAUACACUCCCCCGAGGUUCAUCUUGGAGGGCGCACUGCUACAACUGCAGGAGCACGUCCGCUACCUCGGAGUGGAGCUAUGUAAAAAACUCGGCUUCGGCAAACAUUUGCAGUGUGCUGCUGAGAAGGCCACAAAAACGGUGAGCUCGCUGUCAAGAUUAAUGCCUAACGUCGGCGGCCCGAGGCAGAAGAAACGUCAACUUUUGAUGUCUGUCGCUCAGAGUCAACUGCUCUAUGCAGCGCCUAUAUGGGCCUCAGCGUUAGUAUUCGAAGUGAACAUCAAGAAGUUACUGAAACCUCAACGGAAGAUGGCCAUUAGGGUGUCGUCCGCCUAUUGUACCGUAUCGACCAACGCUAUACUGGUCGUUUCAGGACUGCUGCCCUUCACAUAA